AUGCCCACCAUUGGCGACGUGUUCAACCCCAACUCCAAAGCUAUUACAAGCCGGCAGCGCCACAUUGUCCUCGUCACUCUUGGGAGCUUGCUUGUCCUUUCCUGUCUAUUCUUCUCCAUCGGCAUCUUCCAUUCGGACCCCCCACAGACAUAUCCACCAGGUUGGGAGUACAGCAUGACCGUCUUGCACAUUGUCGCUUUCAAGCUCACCGACACGGCCAACCUCCCGGCCUUGUCGGAGGGCAUGCUGGCCCUCAAGCACCAGUGCGUGCGCGACGGCAAGCCGUACAUCCGCUCGGCCGUCGGCGGCAAGCAGACGAACAAGGAGGGACACGACGGCGGCAUGCAGGUCGUGUACCUCGUCGAGUUUGAGAACCAAGCCGACGCAGACUACUACACCGACCACGACCCGGCACACAUUGCCUUCAAGAACACGCUCGGCGGCCUGGGCUUUGCGGGUGUCACGGUGCUCGAUUUCACCCCGGGCGAGUUCUAA